CGGAAGUAGACUAAAAGGGAAAAGCCGGAAGUGCUUUGUGCCAGUACCUGUGGUAGCUCUGGAACCUGCGGGUUGACAAUCCUGUGGUGCAGACCUGGGUGCGGAGGAGUCGGCAGGAGUCACGGGGAGCGAAAACUCCGCAGUCGCCGCGGUGCGGCCUGGGAAAGUCAGCAGCGCAAUGGGGGAAUCGCAGCCCGGCGGCCCUGGAUCCUCCCAGGCCAACAAGCCAUAUAUUCAUUGUUCCUGAAAGAGAAACUCAAAGAAAAGAAGCAAGCAGAAAUGGCUGAUUCUCCAGUAAGCAGGCCCCAGGGUCUGUUAACAUUCAGGGAUGUGACUGUGGACAUCUCCCAGGAGGAGUGGGAAUGCCUGGACUCUGCUCAGAGGGCUUUGUACCUUGAUGUGAUGUUGGAGAAUUACAGCAACCUCGUCUUUGUGGGGAACUAUUGCAUAUGUGAUCUUGUCCAUCAACAUGAGAAGACUGAAAAGGAUUUUUGUCAGUGUAAUGACUUUUGCAAAAUGCUUCAUGACCUCUCCACAUGUGCACUUUAUAGAUCAAGUGACACUACAGAAAACUCUAAUAACUACAGGUGCAAUAGUCACAGGGAUGCCUCUGUUGACUCAUCAAACCUAGACAGACAUGAAAGCAUGCACACUGGAGAAGAUCCUUGUAAAUCUAAAGACUGUGAGAAAGCUUUAAAUUUGUGUCCCAACAUUACUCAAGAUCAGAGAGUCUACAAUGCAGAGAAAGAACACAGGCAGGGAGAAUGUGAUGACUACUAUGGCUCAACAUAUAGUCAUUUACGACAAACUAUCUACAUUGGAGAGAAACCACACCAGUGUGGGAAAUGUGGGAAAUGCUUCAGUACUGCUUCAAGCCUCAGUGGACAUCAGAGAAUACAUACUGGGGAGCAACUUUUCAAAUGUGGAGAAUGUGGUAUGUCCUUUAACCACCAUACAACUCUUAGAAAACAUCAGAGAGUCCACACUGGAGAGAGACCUUAUAGUUGUAAGGAAUGUGACAAGUCUUUUACUAGGUUCUCAUAUUUUGCAGCACAUCAAACAAUUCAUACUGAAGAGAAACCCUACAAAUGUGGAGAAUGUGGCAAAUCCUUUAUCCACCAUUCAAAUCUUAGAACACAUCAGAGAGUCCAUACUGGAGAGAGACCUUAUAGUUGUAAAGAAUGUGACAAAUCUUUUACUACAUGCUCGGACCUCAGAAAACAUCAGAAAAUUCAUACUGGAGAGAGACCUUACAGUUGUAAAGAAUGUGACAAAUCCUUUACGAGGUGUUCCCACCUCAAAGCACAUCAGAAAAUUCAUACUGAAGAGAAACCCUACAAAUGUGGAGAAUGUGGCAAAUCCUUUAUCCACCAUUCAUACCUUAGAAUACAUCAGAGACUCCACACUGGAGAGAGACCUUAUAGUUGUAAGGAAUGUAACAAAUCUUUUACUACAUGUUCUGUCCUCAGAAAACAUCAGAAAAUUCAUUCUGGAGAGAGACCUUACAGUUGUAAGGAAUGUGACAAAUCUUUUAUCAGGGCUUCCUACCUCAGAGCGCAUCAGAAAAUUCAUACUGGAGAGAAACCCUACAAAUGCAAAGACUGUGAUAUAUCCUUUCUCCGGAUUUCUACUCUUAAAAUACAUCAGAAAGUUCAUUCUGGAGAGAGACCUUACAAAUGCCAAGACUGUGACAUGUCCUUUAAGCAAAUUUCAAAUCUUAGAAGACAUCAAAGAGUUCAUUCUGGAGAGAGACCUUACAGUUGUAAGGAAUGUGACAAAACUUUUAUCAGGGCUUCCUACCUCAGAGCACAUCAGAAAAUUCAUACUGGAGAGAAACCCUACAAAUGUAAAGACUGUGACUUGUCCUAUAUCCACCUUUCAAGUCUUAGAAGACAUCAGGGAGUUCAUACUUGAUAGAAAAAUACCAUUCUCAUAAUGUGACAUAGUAUUUUUUUUUAUUCUCUGUUUAUAAAUCCCAACAGUAUACAUAAUAUGCUAUGGGAUAAUUUUUUGUAUACUGUGCAGAUGUGUCUUUGCCAAAGCACCUUCUUUUUGUUUUGAUAAAGAGAUGACUGGCCAAUGGCUAGGUGGGAGAGAAUAGGCGGAACUUCUCAGGAGAGUGAGGAACUUGGGAUGAAUCUGGUGUGGCAGCAGAUGCCAAAAAGACAUGGGAGGAAUCUAACAUACAAAAUUGAGGAGAGGUAAAGAGCCACUUGGCUAAACACAGGUUAAUAGGAACAUGUUACUUUAAGGUAUAAGAACUAGUUCGGAACAAGACUAAGCGAAAGGCCAAGCUUUCAUAAAUAAUAAGAAUUUUUAUCAUUAUCUGGGGGCUGUUGGUAUAAAGAAAGUCUGACCAGAAAGACAAACUACAAUAAUAGAAACAUAAAGAUAAAAAAUUUAUAAAAACCGGUAAUGAAGUUUUAAAUAUUUGAAGAAAUUACAGGGUUUAUAUUUUUAAAAUUUCUGCAAUAGUAACUCUGAAGGUUUUUUUCAUGUGUAUAGGUGCUUUGCCGAAUGUGUAAAGAGUUGCUUUGCAAACCUUUCUACAUGCUUGCCAGGUGCCUGGGAAUGCCAGCAAAGGGCAUUUUGUAACCCAACCCAAGACUGGAGUUACAGACAGUUGUGGGCUCCUGUAUUUGUGGUAGGAGUUGAACUCCAGCCCUCUGGAAGGGCAACCAGUGCCACUAAACCUUGACUCCAGCCCCUGCGAAAUACAGUAAUAAAAUUAUUUUUCUUAGCUUGGUGGUGUUGGCACAAAACUUAAUCCUGGCAUUCAGGAGGCAGAGGUAGGUGGAUACCUGUGAGUUUGAGUCCAGCCUCGUGAACACAACUAUUUCCAGGAUAGCCAAGGCUGUUAGUGAAAUCUUUUCUCAAAAAACAAACAAAAAAAAAAGUUCUGCCUUCAAGAUCUCAUAAUAAAGACACUAUGUGGUGUACUCCUUUAAUCCUAACAUUUAGUAGGCAGAGACAAGAAGAUCCCUAUGAGUCUGAGGCUAUCCUGGUCUACAUAGUGAGAUCCAGGGCUGCCAGAAGUACAUAGACCCUGUCUUGAACUAAUUAAAUUAAAUAGUAAGGAAAAAAAUCUAAUAACUUUUAAAAUGUGAUAAAGACUUCUAAUUGUACAGUACACCAUAAAAUUCUAAUUCUGAGAAAACAUAGAAAGCUAUACCAUAUAUAAUCCCCAAAUCUUCUGCUCAUUGGAAAUUAUAUUCACCUAAUAAAUUGAAUUUGAUAAAUCCUUUAUCUGGUGCUGACACUGCCGACAUAAAAGGAAAUUCAACCUGAAAGACAA